AUGCCUCCGCCGCGGGGUGACGUGACCGUCUUAUUCCUGGGGCCUCCGGGCUCGGGAAAGUCUGCUGUGAUCGCAGCGCUGUGCGACAAGGAUGUGGAGACGGUAGAGAUCCCCGACGGACGGCCGGAUUCCGGGCUCCCCAGCCUGAGAGCUGCAGGCCCAGGCCUCUUCCUGGGCGAGCUGAGCUGCCCACCCGCAGCGCCGGGUCCCUGGGCGGCGGAAGCCAACGUGCUGGUAUUGGUGCUGCCCGGCCCCGAGGGGAAUGAGGAACCCUUGGCCCCAGCACUGGGGGAGGCAGCGCGGGCCGCCCUGGCCCGAGGGACACCCCUGCUGGCUGUGCGGAACCUCCGUCCCGAGGAGUCACAGCAUGUAGCCCAGGCCCGGGAUCAGACCGCAGCCCGGCUGGACAGCGCCGGGUUGGGCGCCGCAGCUCUCUUUGUGCUACAGACCGACUGCCGCAGCAGCGACGGCUGCGAGGAGCUGGAGCGCCUGCGGGCGGCGCUGCGGAGCCAGGCGGAGGCGCUGCAGAGGCUCCUGCCACCGGCUCAGGAUGGCUUCGAGGUGCUGGGCGCUGCAGAGUUGGAGGCUGUGCGCGAGGCCUUCGAGACGGGUGGCCUGGAGGCGGCGCUGUCAUGGGUUCGGGCCGGCCUGGAGCGACUAGGCAGCGCACGCCUGGACCUGGCCGUGGCCGGUAGGGCUGACGUGAGCCUUGUGCUGAACAUGCUACUCGGGUUAGAUCCUGACGACCCAGGUGCGGUGCCUGCUUCGGUGCCCGCGGAGCCCAUGCCCUACCCGGCCCCAGAGCGCCCCAACGUGGUGCUCUGGACCGUGCCUCUGGGCUCCUCGGGCACUGCUGCUGCCCCCCACCCAACCCACUACUACGCUCUCAUCCUUGUCACCCCUGGGGCCCCCACUGAGAAGGACUGGGCCCAAGUCCGGCCCUUGGUGCUACCAGAUACGCCGCUGGUCUGCGUGCGAACAGACGGCGAGGGCGAGGAUCCGGAGUCCCUGGACGAAGAGGAAAAGAGCGGCAAGAGCUUAGAGAACGCAGGCGGAGGGGGGUUUGAGAAUGCACGCAGUGAGGGAAGGGAGAAACGUGGCCCUGGAUCGCAGAAAGCAGGCAGUGGGGAAGGUUCAGAGGACGCAGGCAGCGAGAGUUUGCAGCCUGUUGGCGUCGGCGUGAAGAAACCGGGCAGCGGGGACUCAGAGCGCGCGGCCGCACUGAGCCCGGAAGACGAGACGUGGGAGGUGCUGGAGGAGGCGCCGCCGCCGGUCUUCCCGCUGCGGCCGGGCGGCCUCCCGGGUCUGUGCGAGUGGCUGCGGCGUGCGCUACCCCCGGCCCAGGCCGGGGCGCUGCUUCUGGCUCUGCCACCCGCGUCUCCCCGCGCGGCCCGGACCAAGGCUGCGGCGCUGCGGGCCGGGGCGUGGCGGCCGGCCCUGUUGGCUAGCCUGGCGGCGGCGGCGGCCCCGGUACCGGGGCUGGGCUGGGCCUGCGACGUGGCGCUCCUGCGAGGUCAGCUGGCCGAGUGGCGGCGGUCGCUGGGGCUCGAACCCGCGGCGCUGGCACGACGCGAGCGCGCGCUGGGCCUGGCGCCGGGGGAGCUGGCCGAGCGGACACGCUUCCCGGGUCCGGUGACGCGCGCCGAAGUGGAAGCGAGGCUGGGCUCGUGGGCGGGCGAGGGCACCGCCGGGGGCGCGGCGGGGGGCCUGGGCUACCGCGCGGCGCACGGCGUCCUGCUGCAGGCGCUCGACGAGAUGCGGACCGACGCCGAAGCAGUGCUGGCACCGCAGGUGCCCGCACAGUGA